AUGCUGAGUCAGCGGCGCCCUCUACUAUGGGUAUGCCUGCUUUUUGUAUCCGGUGGCUUGCUGUGUAACCUCAUUGCAUUUAUUCUGCCUUAUUGGUUUGCACGAUUCCCCAAUUCGAAGAACCGGUUCUUACGCCUGGGUCUCUGGGAGAUUUGCUUACAAGAGUACAUGCCGCACGAUCUCGGGAACUUUAUGUACACUGGGUGCUUUUAUCUGUUUGAUCCUCAAAUCCACGCACUGCGACCUAAUUUUAUGAGAACGUGGUUCCUCGUUUGCCAAAUAUUUUAUACCCUCUGCUUUAUCUCGUACGUGGUGGUAACCGUGGUUCUACUCUCUCAGGCUGUGAAUCUUGUGUCCCCACGGGGACCCCGGGCUGUUCUAUUCGGUAUAGUUACCAGCGGUUUGACCUGCAUACUCCUCUUGGUCACACUUACUGUUAUGGGAGCCGGAGUGGAUUCCGAGAGCAAGCGCAAACCGGCCGCUCAGCAGGACUGGCUUCAAUCACUGGACCAAUGCAGCUUGUCUUGGUCUUAUGGACUUGCUGCUUGCUCUAUGCCGGGAAGUCUUUUGACCUUCGCCAUUCUGAGUUGCUUUGUCUAUCCCAAACGCUCCUCUCAUGGUCUGCUAUCUGUCAAUGCCUGGAAUUGGCCUUCACUCGCCGACUGGACGUGUCAACACAAUCGGAGCAACUCUUACCAUUCCACUAGUCGGUCGUGUUCGUAUCAGUCUCGAUCUUUUGCCUCAAGGGAUGUUCGCACUCAUUCUUCUCUAAACGAACGCGCAGCCCCUCGCUUCACGCUAGCUUUCCGUGAUCCACUGAUUUCAGCGACUCCAUCUGACUCUUCUGGCCGACGCAGAAUGCACACUCCUGCGUCUCCUCAUCGCACACCAAUACCGCAAUAUGCUCCUCACAGAGUGUUCCAAACGGAUGAAAGAGUGAGCAGCUACGAUCCACGAUCUCCGGAUUCCAUCUCACUCCUUUCUUACGAGCCGCAACUUACCAGAAACAAUGACCGCUAUUCAAGAAACACUUCUGACGGAGGACCGAAUCGGGCACUCGAUUCUGUGAACUCUUACCGAGCUAAAGCCAAGUCAAAUCGAGACUCGCAGCGUAGCCUGAGUGACCCACUUCGUUCAAGUUCAGCUACUUCAAGUUCUAAGCCGCCACCUGGAUCGUCCGUGGAAAUACAACGCACAGGCGCUGGUAGCAGCAGUGGUUUGCGGUCAGCAGACACUUCCGUCUGGACGGCGAAUUCCCACUCCGUUCAAGCAGCAAGACCUAUGCGCAAAGGGCGUGAUCACCACAGAACGUCGUCCAGGGCUUCAUCCAGACAACAGACCUCAUCGUCCUCCGUAGCCGAGAUCGUGGAAGAUACGCCAACGGAGAACACUGGUCCCCCAGCGCGAGUUCAGGCCGCCAAGAAAAUGAAGCGGAAAUCGUAACUGGAGAGACCAUGACUUCACCAUUACUGCACUUUCAUUUUUCUCUCAUGCUUAUGUUCUUUCAGUGUUGUAUUCCAAUAGUCCCUCCGCGGCUGUGUACAUUCGUCCACUUUUUGAUGUUCACUAUCCGGUUCACACAUUCCUUCAUUUUUAUAAUUGAUUUUGUGUUGUUUUAUGCCACAAGAUUUCAUUACUAUUGUAAA